ACAAAUCUUUUUUUUUGGCGUGGCGUUAUAGUUAUGUAGAAAUUAACGUCGGCAGAGGUGGCAAUUCUCUGCCACCUUUAACACAUCACACACCGCCAGCAGCAAUUCCUGCCCUGCAGUCACCGAUAUUAUUCGUCAAAAGUUGCUUCAAGUUUCGAGUUCCGCUGUCAGAGAGCAGCCUGACCACUCGGGUCGGUGCCAGAGGAGCUGAAUGCAAAUGUGACAGUGGAACAUCCCUCCUUCUGAGCCGAGAGACGGGAACUCUAUUCGGGGAAGUGACACGUUAAUUUCCCUUCAGCUCGCCGCCACGGACGAAAUACUGGGAGGUGGUUUCGUUUUGCAAAGUGAGAAAUAGCGUGCAGCUAUUACAACGGUGCUGCUGAGCGCUGGCUGGACUCCUCCGGCACCAGUUGUAGGCAACUCUCUGCGAUACAAUGCGCGGACCCUCCGCAACAUCGCCUGCACCCUGGGACCGCACUGGAGGAGUCCCCGCUGAUCCACUCGCUGUGUCUGAGGGCCAUCCGCGGGCGGAAGGCACUCGGCCCGUCUGCUGAAGGGAACCGAGUCCGCUCGUUGCCUCCGCCGGAGCCGCCUUGUGCGCGCACACACACCGCACCCACUGAGUCCAGGCUCACGCCGGGCCGCCACAACCCCCGGGGUCGGUGUAGGUGGCUGAGUUGAACCCUAGAUUAACCCCACUAAGGGUUUCAGGUGCCAAAAUGAACUGUUCUGAAUCUUCAGAUUCAAAUAGUACUGAGACACAUCAGCUAACAGACGACCACACCUGGGAAGUGAAGGCUAACAACUCGGACUACCAUACUCAGAUUAAGGAACGCGCCUUCCACUGCUUUAAGAAAAGGAAAUAUGCCGACAAUAAAAUUAAGACCUCUAAAUACAACAUUAUUACAUUUCUACCUCGCAACCUGUUUGAACAGUUUCAACGAGUCGCUAAUCUCUACUUCUUGCUUAUUUGUAUCCUCCAGACCAUCCCAGCGAUCUCCACGUUGCCUUGGUACACCACAAUGAUUCCACUGACGUUUGUCCUGGCAGUAACAGCAGUCAAGGACAUCUAUGACGAUAUUGCACGUCAUAAAAGUGACAGAGAGAUCAACAACAGACCAUGCGAUGUGCUUGUGGGGAAGAGUUUCAAGUCUGCAAAAUGGAAAGAACUCCAAGUAGGUGAUGUGGUUUGUCUGAAGAAGGAUGAGUUUGUCCCAGCUGAUCUCUUCUUGCUGUCUAGCUCGGAGCCAAACAGCCUGUGUUAUGUUGAAACUGCUGAAAUUGAUGGUGAAACCAACCUGAAGUACAGGCAAGCACUGAGUGCCACACACACGAAGGUGAACACCUUGGACCAGCUAGCAAAGUUUGAUGGUAGAAUAAUGUGUGAAAGGCCAAACAGUGACCUGCACUCAUUCACAGGGACACUGUACUGGCAGAACCAGGAGUACUCACUCGAUAAUGAGAAGAUAUUAUUACGAGGUUGCAGGAUACGAAAUACAGAGAAGUGUUAUGCGGUGGUUAUAUUUGCAGGAGUGGAUACAAAAAUAAUGAGAAACAGUGGGAGAUACACCUUGAAGAAAACCAGAAUUGAGCGUCUCAUGAACCGUGUGGUGUUAUUGGUCCUCUUGAUACUUGGCAGCGUAUCUUUCUUACUUGCUGUUGGAUCUGCUGUCUGGGAGAAGGAUGUCGGAAAGAAAGCUCCCUACCUCGUCACUAGUCUCGAAAAUUUCAGUCCAGGAUAUCGGGGAUUUUUGUCCUUCUGGGGACAUAUUAUCAUCAUGAACUCCAUCCUGCCGAUGUCACUCUAUGUCACUUUUGAACUUCUCCAUGUGGCCCAGAGUUUUUUCAUUAACUGGGACAUGAAUAUGUAUUAUGAAGAGAGAGACACUCCAGCCAAUGCAAGAACAACUACCCUGAAUGAAGAACUGGGUCAGAUCAAAUACAUUUUCUCAGAUAAAACAGGCACUCUGACCCAAAACGUCAUGGCGUUUAAGAAAUGCUGCAUUGGUGGCCAGAUCUAUGGUAAUCAAUAUGAUGAUGGCAAAAUAGCAAAGAUGGUUGACCUGAGCUGGAACACAUUUGCAGAUGGAAGGCUGAAGUUCUAUGACUGGUCACUUUUGGAACUGAUCCGGUCAGGGGACAACCCAGGAGUCCAUGAAUUCUUUAAAUUGCUGGCCCUUUGUCACACAGUAAUGGUGGAAGAGAAACAGGGUCAGCUCACGUACCAGGCUGCUUCUCCAGAUGAAGAGGCUCUGGUAACUGCAGCAAGAAACUUCGGCUUUGCAUUUCUGUCUCGCACACAGGAUACCAUAACCAUCAGCGAGCUGGGAGUGCAGAGGACAUACACAGUGCUGGCCAUCUUAGACUUCAGCAGCAGUCGCAAGAGAAUGUCUGUCCUCUUGAAAGAUUCAGAAGGGAAGAUUAAACUGUACUCCAAAGGAGCAGACGCUGUGAUAUACGAGAGGCUUCACCCCGACUGUCCUCACAAGGAGAGCACUCAGAUGGCACUCGAUUACUUUGCAACAGAAACACUGCGGACUUUGUGUCUGGCUUCCAAAGAUGUUGAGGAAAACUACUUUAGCAACUGGAGUCAAAGGUAUCAGAAAGCCACUGUGGCUUUACAGAACCGCGGAAGGUUGCUCGAAGUUUUGUACGAAGAAAUCGAAACAGAUCUGGUGCUCAUUGGAGCAACUGCCAUAGAGGAUAAAUUGCAAGUUCGAGUCCCCGAAACCAUUCAGAACUUGAAAGCAGCAGAUAUUAAAAUCUGGGUACUGACUGGAGACAAGAAAGAAACAGCCGUUAAUAUUGGAUAUUCCUGUAAGUUACUGUCAGACCAAAUGGAACUUUUUGAAGGCAAUGAUAUCAACGUCACUCUGGAGAAGCUGCAGAGGAACAACUAUCAAUACAAAGAUGUUAACGCUGCCGGUAUCUCGGAGGCUAUAAGGAGCAGCGAGGAGCCUGACUUCCUGUCGUGUAACAACAAAGCAUUAAUUAUCACAGGCAGCUUCCUGGAUAAAUACGUCAAACGCUCAAAGCGGUAUAAAAGCAAGAAUCAAUCCUGGUGGAAGCUGAGGACGGUGAUUAAUCCAGAGGUGAGAGAGGCCGCGAGAUGCGAGAUGGAGGAGCGAGAGCGGGCGUUCGUGGAGCUGGCCUGCCAGUGUCAGGCUGUCAUCUGCUGCCGCGUCACCCCCAAGCAGAAAGCCCUGGUGGUUCAGCUGGUGAAGAAGUACAAGAGCGCCAUCACCCUGGCCAUCGGGGACGGCGCCAAUGAUGUCAACAUGCUGAAAACUGCACAUAUCGGAGUGGGGAUCAGUGGACAGGAAGGUAUGCAGGCUGUUUUAUCCAGUGACUACUCACUUGCACAGUUCUGCUACCUUGAGCGGUUGCUUCUGGUUCAUGGUCGAUGGGCAUACCUGAGGAUCUGCAAGUUCCUGAGAUACUUCCUGUACAAGACCUUUGCCUUUUCCUUCGUCCAGGUCUGGUUUGGAUUCUAUAAUGGAUUUUCGGGUCAGACAGUGUUUGAACAAUGGUGCAUUACCUUCUACAAAGUGUUUUACAGCUGGCUACCUGUGCUGACACUGGGAGUUCUGGACAAGGACAUGAGUGAUACUCUGAGUAUCAAGUACCCUAAACGCUACAAAAUUGGGCAACGGAAUGAGUUAUUUAAUUACAAGAUCUUCUCAAUUGCUCUACUUCAUGGACUUCUAAGUUCAAUAGUUUUAUUUUUUAUUCCAUAUGGAGCAUUCCUGGAGAAUGUGGGUCAAAAUGGCAUAACGUUGUCAGAUUACCAGUUUUUGUCAAUGGCUGUUGGUACUGCUGUGGUGUUGACUGUUAAUAUUGAGGUAAUGUUGGAGAUUUCCUCCUGGACUGUUCUCUCUGUGUUGUCUGUCAUCAUCAGUGUUGGCCUCUAUUUUUGCAUCACCCUUUUGACUCAGAGUCCUUUGCUGACUCGGCUGAAGCCAGACGUGUUCCAAUUCAACGGAGCAGCAUUGAACUCUUUCAAGCAACCAUUAUUUUGGCUCACCAUCCUGUUGGCCAUCGCUAUCAAUAUUAUCCCUUCCGUUACAAUUCGACUACUUUUGCGAAUCUUUGGUUCCAAAGCUGCUGGAAGUGCAACCUAUGAAGAUGAUCAAAUGGCAGACGACAAGACCAUUCAUUUCACCAGACAAUCAACACGCCGUCGCUCCUCAUACGCUUUCUCACAGAACAAAGGUUAUGCCGACCUCAUUACCUCUGGAACAAGCUUACAGAAGAAAAUAGUGGCUUCAGAAGCAAGCGGUGUUCAAACUGUGCCCAACAGGGAAGAGGUGGUGAGCGAUGAAAGAUUGUGAAGACUUUCUGAUUUUAUAGAGAAGAUGUUGUGACACUGUUUCAUGGGACACAAAGGAUGUGAGGUUUACUGGAGAAUUUUUGACUGAUGCACCCUUGGCAACACUUGAAUGUAACAGUGCCUUUUCUCCUAAUGUCUUAGUCAUAGAGUCACACAGCACAGAAACAGGCCCUUCAGCCCACCGAAUUGGCUCUGACCAUCAAAUACCUAUUUAUGCCAAACCUUCAGUAAUCCUUGUUUUAUUCUCUCCAUCCCCUCCCACCCACCUACACCAAGAACUACCAACUGAGCGAUUUUGGGAUGUGGGAGGAAUCUGGAGGACCCGGAGGAAAUGUGCAAACUCCACACAGACAGUACUAGAGGUCGGGAUUGAACCGGGAUUGCUGACACUGUGAGGCAGCAGCUCUACUUGCACCACCGUGCCAUCCUGUUGUUUAAAUUGUAUUAAUCCAGGAAGAUUUUCUUUGAUUCGUUCAUCUUGUCACUUUGCUCUGUGGAGGAAGGGGUCAGCAAGAGCUCCUAAAGGUUUGGCUUUUGAAAGCCAAGACUCCACACUUAAAGACAAGGAGGUGUUAGCCCAUCACUGAGCUAUAGGAACAGAAUUGAUCAUCAUCAUCUGCUAUUGUACCAACAGCAGUCUGGCAUAAGCCUUACCCCAUUUCAUUUAUAAUGCUUGGGUAUGGGUGCAUGUCCUAAACUAGAUUGUGUAUCUUGCUGGGCAGGAGUCCAUCUGAUUAAGUAGAAUCCCAGUAAUUGCACUUCACUGAUUUUACAGGGAGAAACUAGGUGGCUAAUUAAAACCACUGUUGCUCUUGAUUCUGACAGCUUCAGUGGGAUGGGGAGAUGGGUUGGGUUAAAAUUGCCUCCCUGAUAUAUAACUCUCACUAGGGUUUAACCAUUGCUAGAACUUCAAAACACAUUAUCUCCUCUCCAACUCCAGCAACGUGGCACGUAUAACUCUUAUUGACAGCUAAGUGUCAGAUGUAGUCACACUUCUCAAAUGAAGAACAUCGUCUACAUAAAUCAUUGACUGACCACGUUUGGAGCCACAGCAACCUCAAUUUUAGCAACGUUUCCAAAUCUCGAUAGACAAUGCCCAUGUAAAAUAGAGGUAGCCCAUUUUUUAUGUACAUUGAAGAACCAAAAAAUAACAUUUAGUCAAUUAUUUUUGGACCAAAUUUUGAUGUGAAUUGAUUGGAUUCUUUGCAUCUUCUUCCCUGGCUGAUGGGGGCAGUGACUUUAACUUCAUUGGAGUGAUUGCUGAGGCAUGGAUGCUGGUGUUAGAUGUUGAACGUGUUGGAUAUAGUGUGCCCUCUGCAAUGGCGUGGUGUGUUAUUAGUUGGAUUUGCAUUCUCAGAGCUGGCUGUCAAACCGCACAGACUGUCGUUGGUGACUAACAACCUCACUCUCCCAUUUUGCUGGUGUUCCCGUUGUGCUGAAGUCCAUUCGCGUUACAUUCCACUUCAGCAGACACCCAGUAAUCAAAGAAGGCAGCCCAUGAUCAGUAACCUCCAGCGCACAAUGUCUUUCAUCUAAAUUUCACGCUGAAAACACACAAAAAUGCAUUUUCUCUGCGAGUAAGAAAAUUGAGAUUCCAUGCCUAACCACAAUGUUUAUUACUAACAUUUUUACAUUAAUCAAAAAUUGAAUUAGCUAACCUGGAUUACCAAAUACUCACAUGCAUGUAGUCCGUACCCAUUAUAGAGUCGGGGAGAUAAUAACUGCUCUGUGAGUGGUUGUAAAAUUGUAAUCGUAGGGCCUGCCGGGAAGCUUCCCUAAGUAAGUUGCAGGUUGAAGUAUUGUGUGGCUAAUAUUUAAACUGUACAUGUGCUGGUAUUUUUUAUUAACUGAGAAGGGUCUAGUGACAAAGUGGCACCGCUAGUACAAUGGCUGCUUCGCGGCUCCAGAGACCCAGGUUCGAUCCUGACCUCCGGCGCUGUCUGCGUGGAGCUUGCACGUUCUCCCUGUGACUAUGCGGAUUUCCUCCGGGUGCUCCAGUUUCCUCCCACGUCCCAAAGACGUGUGGGUUGGUAGGUCAAUUGCCCUAAUAAAAAAGGGGGUUAAUGUAGGAUUAAUGUAAGUGGGUGUUUGAUGGGCAGUAUGGACUCAGUGGGCCUCUGAUUGUGGUUAGCUGAGGAGGUACGGCAGAACUGAGACAAUGUGUGAAUUCUCUUUGUUAAACUGGCCUUUCUAUGUAGUGACUCUUAGUGCAAUUAAUUUUCUGUUUACAGCAAACAAAGAUAAGCCAAACCAAACUUGUAUUGUUGUCAACUGAUGGAGACAAUGAAAUGUGAAUAAUCGUUCAUGAGAUUAGUUGCAAUGCAUUAUUCACCUGCUACAUGGGGCUUCAUGGAGAUAUCUUUAUUAGUCACAUGUACAUUGAAUCACACAGUGAAAUGCAUCUUUUGCGUAGAGUGUUCUGGGGGCAGCCCACAAGUGUCGCCACACUUCCGGUGCCAAUAUACGUGCCCACAACUUCCUAACCCAUAUGUCUUUGGAAUGUGGGAGGAAACCGGAGCACCCGGAGGAAACCCACGCAGUCACGGAGAGCACGUACAAACUCCUUACAGACAGUGGCCAGAAUUGAACCCGGGUCGCUGACGCUGUAAUAGUGUUAUGCUAACCACUACACCAUUGUGUCAUAGAGUCAUACAGCACGGAAACAGGCCAUUCGGCCCACUAUGCCCAUGCUGGCCAGUGGGAACCCAUUCGUAUUAAUCCCAUCUUCCAGCACUUAGCCUGUAUCCUUAAUGCCUAGGUGAUUCAAGUGCUUGUCCAGACACCUCUUAAAUGCUGUUAGCAUGUGAGUGACCUGUGAGAGGAAGGUAACAAUAAAACAAUGGCUGAACUACCCUAAGGUACCGAUCUGUUUGGACCUGAGAAGUCACCUAGGAUUUUGAGUGGCAUGUUUGGCCACCAGAGCCAAUGAAAUCAACUAGACUUUGCUAAAGACCGUCUAUGGUAUUGAUUGAAAGGGAUUUGUCUGAGGAUUAAUGGACAAAGCUGAGCACUUGGAAGAAGAAUUCGCACAGGAGGAAGCAGAAAAUCAGACUGAAGACAAUGCCACCUGUGUCCAAGGGCUCCAGAGAGUCAGGCCAGUGAGCUACUCAUCAACGCUCACCAGUUAAGUACAGGACUCUGUACUUAAUAAACCCUCAACCUUUUACACAAACUACCUGUUGCCGCUGAUUUUGUUCUGUCCAGGAUCUGUUCCGGUGCUCCUGCCAUUGACUGCAACAUUCAGCCAGACUAAGCCACAAGACUUAGAAGUAUAUAUUUGCCAUAGGAUACCAUGAAUCAGACAAUUUCUUCCUGCCUUGAGCAACCAAAUGUAGCUGUGUUAGAGUGUCAGGAUUCAUUACUAACUUCAUCUUUUAUUCAGAUGGUAUUUACCCAUGUGCUUAUGAAAUCAGCAGAACUUGGUGUUCUACAUAUGCAUUUUUUUCUUGGGAAUUGGUAUAAUCCAUAAUUGGCUAUUGAAAAUCAAAUCAAGACACAUUUUCAACACAUACCUAGAGACACAGGAGAUUGCAGAUGCUGGAAUCUGGAGCAACAAGCACUCUGCUGGCAGAACUCAGCAGGUUGAGCAACGUCUGUGGGGGGAAAGGUAUUGUUAACGUCUUGUGUUGAAACCCUGCAUCAGGUGGGUGCAAUAGUGUCCUGACGCAGGACUAAAACAUCAACAAUUCCUUCUCCCCACCCACAGAUGCGGCUCGUCCUGCUGAGUUCCUCCAGCGAGAUUGUUCAUUGUUUCAACAUUUUCCCCAUUAGCAACCAAUCAGUGGUUACUUUCCUGAGUAUCAUGCAAUUAAAGUGAUGUGUUUAGUGUUCGAAAGGAGGUGGUCUUGUAGGUAUGAUGUAUUAAAUGAGACCAAGUUCCAGCAGAUUUGAGCAUCUAUGAUGGUGUUUUAUAUGCUUCAAGCACACCUUCUCAGAAGCUCCAGUGAUGGAUCCAUAAGGUGUUGCCUCCAUAUUAAUUUUCCUUUCUUCUUGAAUUCACAGUUAACAUAUGAUUACCAACAGCAAGCUAAGCUCUAGUACUUUUAAUGUCCCCUGAGCUUCCUUGAUCCACACCCUGAUCUGGUCUCUUACUACAGAAAGAAAACCUCCACAGCAUUCAAGCCACCCAGAGCUAACUCCUGAUGAUUGGAAAAGGUGAACAAUUUCUCACCCAUGUUAGGAAUCAGCAAGGGACCCUCUUUUUUUUACUCCCAAUCUGCAGUCCCUCUCUAUGAUCAGGUCACCACAGAUCUCAAUUAUUUGAUCAACCUUAACACCCCCAACUUCAGAGCCAGAUGAAUAAAAUGUGUUUCAGGAUUCAGAAGCUUUGCAUCUGGUUAGACCUGGAACCGGAAUCUAAAAUCAAACAUUGGUUUCUUCUCCCACAUCCAUUCCCAACAUGCCCAGAAUCUACUACAUAGAGUCUGCAAGAUCUACUAUCUGGGAUGAGAGGAUUUGUUGCUAUUUCUAAGGUGUACUGUGUAAAUGAACAAAACAAAUCUGAACACUUAUUUUUUAAAUAAUUUUAAUAGAAUCCAUUGGGCAAAGGCUGUACUGUACUUUUGAUAUUGUGUGUUUGAAGGAAGCCAUGGUUUUCCUGUGAAUAUUGAAUAAGUACAUAGCCUUUUGUAAAUAUUAUAAUCUCCAACUCAGAUUUGGAUUGAAGGUACUUGCGAUUGAAGCAUGGCUGUGUACUUUGUAAGUAAAUUGUCACUGUGACAAAACAACAAGGAAUAUAAAACAGUUUUAUGGGUUGAAAUCGUGAUUUUUUGCUGCUCCUGUACACACAUUCAGUGACUCUCAGCUGUUCUUCCAUCUUUUACUCCCAUGUCUGUAUGUAACAAGAAAGCAACAAGAGACAUUACACUUGGAAGUUAAUAGCGUAAGCAAUUCUGUACUGUAGUGUACUGUACUGUAAUUCUAUACCAUAGUGUACUGUACAGUAAUUCUAUCCUAUAGUGUACUGUGCAAUAAUUCCAUAUUGUAAUUAGUGUACUGUACAGUAAUUCUAUACUGUAGUGUACUGUAAUUCUAUACUGCAUUUAGUGCACCAUGCAGUAAUUCUAUCCUGUAGAGUACUGUAGUGAACUAUAGUUAAUGUAUAGUACAAUAACUAUACUCUAGUGAACUAUACUAUAGUUAGUGUAAAGUACAUUAACUCUAUACUAGAGUACUGUAGUUUACUAUCCUAUAGUGUAGUACAGCAUUUUGAUACAAUAUUUGAUGGAAGUAUUACAAAACGUUUCUGAAAUGAAAUGGGGUAAUGACUAUGAAAAUCACUGGC